AUGACAAAUACGGUUACAACUGACUCUGAUGCUUGGUCUUCUGUCACUGAACAAAGUAUUUUUCUUGACGAUGGCCUUAAAUUUCUUGUGGAGGUUCUCCAACCGCCUGCAAUCUCCACAGAGCACUCCACAUUCGUGGAGCGCAUUUCGGAGCACAAGUUUGAAACUUCUUCAAACGCGGAACUUCGCAAACGCCUUCUGAAAACAUGUGCUCUACAACACAGCUCAUACUACAAGCUUUUUGAUUAUCGUCAGCGUGCUUUGCUUGGCCUCUGGCAGUCACAGAAAUCCAAGAUAAUACCAUUAUCGUCGAAAAAUUCUUGCCCUCCUGCUGUUGAUUCCAAAGAGGGAAAACCGAAAGUUCCUUUUCAGGAUGAUUCUUUUUCGUCCCAUGUUAGCCUUCUUCUUCUAGUUCCUAUUUUAGAAUCUCAAAGCCGAACAGAUCCUUCUUUAGCUGGACAGUGUUCAGAAUUGUUACUUCAGUGUCUUCAAAAUUGCGCUCCAAACUCUCUCGCAGCUGAGCCUACAAGCUGCAUCAAAGGUUUGGCUAAUUUGUUGUGCAAUUGGCUCCAGCAAGCCAACGAUGAAGAAAAUAUCAGUAGACAGGAGGAACUGGCUCGGUGUGGAGUAAAGCGAGAGAGUCUAGUGGCGGCUCUUGUCUCUUUAGCUUGCGCGAGGUAACACGUACAUGUAAUAUGAAGUGGCAAUUGUCCGUUGAGAUAUUCUUAAUUAAUGUUGUUUAUUAUUAUCGGUGUAAGUUUUUAUCAUUGAUAACCUUUUGACCCACCCACAUAUAGGAGAUUGAGGCCUCUUUGAGGGCUUCACAUUACACAUGUAAGUUCUGACAAUCACAACUACAGCAAUACUCUUCAAGACUUUUUUGGCCUUUAUUGUCACCAGUAAUUUUUAUUCUUGUACAUUUUCAGUUACACACAUUAAGAAGGAACAUAUAGGAAAGCGAGAAAGGUGUAAAAAAAAAGUAAUAUCUUUCUUUUUCUUUGUCAGAACUUAUAAAUACUUUCUCCAAGAAAGCUGUCAAUUUAAUUCUUGUGAGAAGUUACUCAAAAAUAAACAAAGCAUGGGAGUCUAACCCUGCAAACAUAAAAAUAUAAAUAUCUAUGAAAUAUUGGAUAUUGCGAUGGUGGUGGAUCAAGGAAAGGGAUUCUGUAAUGAGAUAAGCCCUAACCAAAAUUGUCUUGGGACCAUUUUUAUUGUGAUUAUUAUUUUAGUGUAAUUUUUAUCAGUAUUAGUGUGAAUGCAAGGCUUAUGUAGAGGGGGACUGGGGCUGGCAUGCAUAGUGAGUAGAUAUGUUUUUGAGAGCUCUGCUCUAGUUAUCUUGAAAAUAAUUUUCCAAAUUUAUGCAACCAAGGGUUAACAGGAGUCUAUGAUGUUCCACAUAUAUUGCAUACAAUAAUUAACAAAACCAUGUUAGGCAUUGAAUUGAUAUAGCACUAAUUAUUUCCAGGUUGUCUGUUCAUCUAUUUAUUCAAGUACUUGACAUCCUUCUGCAGCAGAGGACUCCCCUGACCAAGCUGCCUGUUGGUGCUGUACUGAAGAGAAUGGUUGAAUAUGAAAGAAAAGGUUUCUUCAGUGAAUCUAGUGUGAUACAAACUUCCAGGUUUAUCUCUAGCUGGAAAUUUGACACAAAUUUAACUGAAUUUGAUGAUUCAAUAAACAACAGUGACCAGAUUAAUACUCUUGCUUGUGAUGGAAAGUUCUUGUACCAUGUUAGUGGAGAAAGUAAAGGGCUUGUCAAGAUUGGCACUGGAAAGUGGGGAACUGUUAGGUGAGUGUGAUACACAAGUUUAUUCUGCACCACCAUCUUUAGUUCUUUUAAUAAAGAUAUUAUUAUUGUGAAUAUAUGUGUACAACUGUACUCAGCAGUGCUAUAAGGUUUGGCUCUUAAUCAUUCUCUUGCCUAUAGGGUAAAGUCAGUUUAUGAGCCUGGUGAUACAACUGGUCAGAUCUAAUUUUGGUUUCUGUGACAUGAUGUAGCUUCACUCCCAUCCAUAAUUAGUUUGGAUACUUCUCCAGAACAAUGUCUAUGAUGCUUUUUAGUCCCUUUCCCCCUUCUCAUGUUGUUAGUUUCCAAUCUGUCCAUACCAUUUGGCAGACCAACACUGAGAGGACCUUAGUAGGGAUUAAGUGUUCCAUCAAACAUUUCUGGGAGUGUGGGAGUAUUGCUACUUCCCCAGCUAUUGUCACGCUUAUAUAACAGUUUUUUGUGGCCUGUUUGUACUCCUGGGUGGAAUGAGGUUCUAUGAAAGUUCAGUGUCUUUCUCUUUGAACUCCACAGAAUACCUGGUCAGGGCUUAAAUGUAGAGCUUGUGAACCUGAGAGCAUGAUAUGCCAACCACCAGGCCUUUGCAUCUUUUAUAAUUUCUGAGUAGGUUUACCCAAAGUAGCUUUGCACAGGACUACUCUACUCUACAAUUGAUAUCCAUAAAUUAUUAAAAUUAAAGACAGCCUUAGUAAACCAUCAUGGGAACCUGAAAGUCACCAAGAGCAGCUUGUAGGAACUUUUUUACUGAAAUGGGACAUAUAUUAACUCAGUCUCUGAUUUGAUCUUAAGGGUUGAAAUGUUUAUUUUUUUGGUGCCUACAGGAGUGCUGUUUAUGCCAGAAAUGCUGAUCUAAAGAAUGGGUGGCUAACCAUUGUACAGGAUAGGUUGUUAUUUCGACCAAAGCAGUUUGAUACCCAACCUGCAAACUUAUGUUAUGUAUUGGAUGUAGUGUCCUUGAAGGUAAUUUUAUCCAUAAAAUACUAACAAACCUAGGUUUCAGUGUAUCCUGUUAUCAGUUUUGACAAAUUUCAUCCUGGGUAAAAGCUUGAAGUAAGUUCUUCCUUACAUUGUAUUAGGUAUGGGUGAUGUAUUGACAGAGAGACCUUUUUUGAAGAUUACAUGAUUACGUUAUAAGGAAGAACAAGCAAAUGAGCUCUAAAACAAUGUUAAAGUUACUAUAAAUUUCUUAAUUUAGGGAUCCUGAUCAGGCUGUUCAUAUUAUUUGAAAACAAAGUAAAUUUAGCCAGGACCAAAUCUUCAGGGAAACAGCUUAUUAUUAACCCUUAAACUCCCAAGAUCUGAUUAUAAAUUUUCCCCUCUAGCUGCCAGACAUUUCCUUGUAAAUUCCUUACAAGAAUUUGGUGUUGGUAGAUAAAGAUAACAUUUUCCACCUGAUAAUCUUGAGUACUCUCAUUAUCUGUUUAUUGGAUAGUAUAAGGAUAUUGUAAGGAGAUGUUGCAUGUUAAUCACCACUGGGAGUUUAAUGGUAUUAUAACUGCACUUUAUUUAUUAGAAGAGGAAAUCUCAAAGAAAAAAAAAACAUAAAUGGAAAGUAUAAGUGAAAAACCAAAUAUUUCAAGACAGUGUGAACAAAGAAAAACUACCAAAGAAACGACCAUAGCCUGAAAUCUGAAAAAAGCCAUUCUCCCCUCUUAAGUUUGGUUUUCUUUUUAUUAGGUCUUACAGGCAAUAAAGUUUAGGGAUGCAGUUGAACCUGGAGCUGAUGAAAUGCAAACUCUGCAAUGCAGAACAGUGCAAUUACUGAGUGAUCAGGUUCAUUUAUUUUGGCUGUGGUGUUCAACGCCAACAGAAUCAGCCAGUCAAGAGAAUAGAAAAGUGGAUUUGUGGUUACAAGAAUUCAAACUAGAAGCAUGUGAUGAUAAAUUAAAAGCCUCUCCUUGUGGUGAACCAGUUGUUGUGUCAAAGAAGGAGGAACCUCCUUCCUGUUUGUCACCACCAUUGCCCAUCAGACAUUCACCAACAACACCUACUGGACAAAAAGAUGCAGAAGGUGAUUCAUUACCUUAUUUUGGGUGGGGUUUUAAUUUACCAAUAUUAAUGAUAAGUUUUGAACUAAGGCUUAUUCAACUUAAAUGUAAAUGAAGCCACUUUUACUUGUAAUGUGUUUUCACCUCCUCAUCUUGGACCUUGUAAUUAUAAUACAUGGUGCAGAUGGUACAAACUGCAAAUUUUAUUUUAAAAAAUAUUUUCAGUCUUUUCAGUAUUUCAUCUUGCUAUCUCACUCUCUUUUCCAAGGCCCCAAAACAUUUUUGAGCUCACCAAUCACUGCCACUUCAUCAUGCAUAUAAUUCUCCAUAUAUUACUUUGAUAAACAUGCACUGUACCAGGCUUAAAAAAAGAUAAGUCAAAUUGUCAUCAUUUUUGAAGUCCAAUAAAGUGUGUGACAUCUUUACUUUUACUUUGUUGUUUGGUUAUGGAUGAACUUUAGAUAUUGUCAGUUGUGGUGUAUCAAUGGGCACUCUGAAGCAGUCAGCCAUGUUUAUCAGUGGUGAAACAUUGGUUAUAGUGGUUCCACACCUUACCAGUCCUUCUGGUCCUAUGCUGCUGACACUUAGGGGACAGAAAAGUAAGGCACAUAAAUUUGUCAACUUACAUGUAGGCAUUGACCUCUUUUUUUUAAGAAAAUAGAUCUCUUUAUGAGAUAUUUGUGUGUUCUGACAAGGUACUUCUCAAUUCUUUUCAGCUAGAGUGAUGUGAGUCACCUUUGUGCAAUUUUCAAAAAAUAACAAUUAUAAUAAUAAUUGCAACAAUAAGCAAGAAUUAUUCACCAAAGUGGAGGUGAAUAGUGGGGGAUGUUUACCAAGCCAUGAAGUCGUAAAUAUCCACCACUUUCAGCAACACUGUGGUGAAUAAUUGUUUUAAUAUAUACUUAGCACAGAUACCAAAACAUUAGUUUAUUUCUUUCAAUAUACUGAAAAAAUGAUUGGAAAUUAAACUCUAGAUGCACAACUUUGUCAACUGCUUAGAGGAGCAUAAAGCUUGCUAUUUACCUCCAAACUAGCCAUGUGGGAAAAUUACUAGUCACUUAAUGUGUGGUGUAUGCUAAUAACAAUUAUAAUAUGAAAAUAUAACCAAUAGGCUCUCUGUUUAAUGACAUGUGUCUUAUUUUUUGGAGAGAGUUGAGUGACAAACUUUAAUGAUAAUUUUUGUCUUUGGAGCCUUUUUUUUGCAUCUGAAUUUUUCUGGGUGUCUUUUUCUUUCCCAGGUCCAACAAAUUAUUGCUUUUCAACUGUGGACGGUUCUUGUGUUAAGCAUGAGAGUGUUGUUAACUCAGCUUCACCAAAAUGGCAAGAUUUAGUAGCUCCAGGACUAAGUAAGGACAGCACAUAUAGUAAAACUUGUGAGCAGACUUUAUAUUAAGUAUUAAGCAGGAAUCAGCUAAAGUCCUGAUUUUGUUUGUAAACCCAUCCUGACCUGAUUAUAAAAUGAACCUGUAUUUAGUGGAAAGCUCUAUUAAGAAGACAUGGAUACUCAGAUCAAAUCAUCUUGUGAACCUGUGAAGUCAUCCAAGCUAUUGGCAAACCAACUUAAGUUGUCAGUGAACUAAACUAGGUUGUUAACAAACCAACAUUGUUGUUAGGAAGCUUGCAUAAGUCGUUGGCAAACCAACUUAAGUUGUUGGCAAAAUCAUUUAAGUUGUUAGCAAACUAACUAAAGACUUACCAAGAAAAAACUUGAAACAUGCUACUUUUAAUGUAGACUUAUUUUGAAAAAAAUCAAUUUACAGGUGUCUGUCAUGAUGUAGUUAACAGUAGGCUGUGGAGUUAUUGCUGCAGUCAUAUUGGUGAAUGGGUGUCUGGAGGACUUCCAUCCUGUAAUCAAAUCUCUCAGCUUCUUGGAACUUCAGGCUCUCAAAACUCAGGUUAGAAAAUUACCCUUAAUGGUUUUUGGAAAUUCGUUUCUCACAAGAGAUGUUUAAAAGACAGAGACAACAGGAAUAAGUUCAAUAAAGCAAGGGGAAGAUUAUCACUCACUGUUAGGAUUUUAGUUUUUGAUAAAUUAGUUUUUAUUUUUUAUUUCAUAGCUGUAACCACACAAGGUUCAGUUGACCCGGUGGAGGCUUCUUCGCUCCUGGCACAUCACAUAACAUAUCUAUGCAGACGAAAAGAUGCUAAGACUAAGGUGGCUUCAACGAAAAAUGAAGAGAUUCAUUUUGGUGAUACUUCAGACUUUUGCAACAUAAGGCAUAUCAACAAUGUUUUAAAUGCUGCCAUUACCAAUGGCCAACAGGAUGUUACAAUAGCCAUGCUAGUUGCUCUGCAAACUCUUAUGAUACAAGUCAGUGAAAGGGCAAACAAGCUUGAUGACAACUCUGUUAAAGGAACAAAACAUCUUGUUUGGAAACUGGUUCAGUCUCCUGCUGAUUCUGUUGGAGCUGAAAUCAAGCUUGAAGCUUUUAAGGUGUUGACAGUUGGUCUGGAAGUGUUUUAUUCCACUCCAUCAGAGAGGAGGGCUCUACUAAUGCUACUAUUGUCUGAAGGAGAGUCUUCUUCAGACAUGGCAAUGCUGUUGAAUUUUUUACUCUCAAAUUUAACUGAGAACUUAAUGAGUCAUAAACCUGGGGCAUCAUCCAACGAAAGGUAGAGUGGUAGUAUUUGAUAGCCAUAAAUGACAAAUAGUUUUAAGGAUCAAACAUUAGAAGUGAAUAAUUAUCAAAGAUUGUAGGAAUAGACAAUGACCUCACAAUUUUACACAACCAUGUGUGUCUGUCUAAGGAUACCUAAUUUAGAGAAGAGGAAGUGGUAAGGGUCUUCUCACCUUCUGCCCUUCCCCCUCCCCCCACAUUCUUAAUUUUGGCUUUGCUGAGAUGAAAUUUUGUUCUGGUUGUAUGGAUGAAGGUGUAGUAUAGGACUGACUUUUAAUGAUAUUAAAAACAAAAGGGUUUCUUGAAGACGAGUCUGGAAGAAUCAUGUUCAGAGGUAGAUGAAAUGUUUUUCAUAGCAGGUAAUAGUUAUCUUGAUUGGAUUAUAUUUUAAGAGAGAACUAUAUGAAAUUCCUGCAUUGCACUCCAUAACCUGUUUCUGCAUUUGUUGUAAACCUGUCAGAGAUAUUUUGUUGGGUGUAUAACAAGUUGCGUUGUUUCCUUAGGUUAGCAGAAGAUGUGGUCUUUGCUGCUCUGAAAGGAUCUGUCAAAGAGUCAUGUCACUUGAUCACGCAGUGUUGUAGUCUAGAGGAUGAACCAUUCUGUGCUCUGGUUGCCAAACACCCAGUUAGUCACUUUAUUUUAUAUUACAUAUAAUAUUCAGAGGAUAUCUCUAUAAUUCCCAUUCUUUUAAUGAAAAAUCUUUUGGCUAGAAAGCUAAUUUUGUCAAGUAUAAGAUUCCUUUUUCAGAGAAGUGGAUAAUGCCAAAAUUAUGAUCUGACUAUUGUACAGAUGUAAGUUGUCAAUAGAAGUGUUUUUAACAUUUCUGGAGAGUCUGCCUAUGAGUCAACAGUAAGAAAACCAAGUCCAAACUUCUAAAGAAAUACAUGACAGCAGUAACAAGUUUAAUUGAAUGAGUUAUGUGGUAAAAUGAAUUCUGUAAAAAAAAAAUUAAAAUUGAAUCAAUAGGUUGCAUUAUAUGCUCCAGCUAGUAAAACUAUAAUUAGGUGCUCAUGUAAGCUGGGCAAAGGCAGAGAAUAAAGAUAAACUUGCAUUAUGGCUAUGAAACUGUUUCAACUGACCUGUUUUGUUUUAUACACAGGACCUUUCUCCUGUUCUGCACUAUGUAACAACUGUCUUUACAAGAAGCUGGAGAGAUUUUGUACUCCCUGAGGAGCAGGAAUCAGAUGUCAAGGUUAACCAUGUUUGUUUCAUGUUUCUUUUUCUAUCAGCUAACAUAAUUGUUAGUGGAGACAUACAUUCAUGAUGAGGAUAUCUUUGAUAGCCAGAUGAAAUUUUACAAGGAAUAUAGUAUUAUUGCAUGGAUGGUCAAAGAGUUAUGAUAGUUUACUGCCAUAAUUGAUUGUGUGUUUCAUUUAUUCAUUAGGGUUUUGAUGACGCAGUAAAACCAGUUGAUUGUCAGAAGCUCUCAUUAAUAGUCCUAGAAGCUUGUCAACAGGUCAGAAUGACCACCAAUACUUUUUAAUUGAGAUGCAAAUUAUAAGUGAGACUUGGUGGAAGUUAGUGGGCACUGAGAGAUAUGAUGAACUGGGUCCAGGCUCAACCCCUGCCAGACUCUCGAUCAUUUCCAAGCCUCUCUCCACCCAGCAGUAUCAAAAGUAUUGUCAGGGAAACAACUGAUGAAAUGAGGGGGAGGGAAUCUGUUAUGGACCAGCAUCUCAUCCAGGGAGAGUACUUGUAGCAAUACCCCUUUCUUACUUCAUUCAAAUUAAACCAAGAUAGGCUGCAACAGUAUUUUGGGCCAGCAGGGUUGUAAGACAUUGAUGUAGAGGAGUUCAGUUUCCCCAUAGAUAGAUGUUCUAUUUGAAAUGAUGGCUUAAACUUCCCCCUAUUCCAAACUGAAUUUUUCUCCCUUUAUGUCCCAUCAUUUUUAAGUUGUUAGUGUAAAGUUCUCUGCAGUUAGAUUUAAAUGAUUUCAUUCAUAUCUUUUAAUAUGGUCUUUGUUUUCUUUAGAUUCUUGAUGUUGUUUUAGAAGUUCUUUCCAAGUUGUCAGAGGAGUGCAAAGGAGGAGUAAAAUCCAGAGUUGAGGGACUUGAGCAUGUAAUGAAGGCCACCCUUGUGGGACAGACCCUUCCUAUGCUGGCAUCAGUUUUGUCCUCUGAUAGGUGUCUCACUCUGUCCAUGGCUAAGAGCUUUCUCCAAAGUGUGACCAACGUAACGGUGACUGCAGCAAGGGUGAGAAAAUGAAUGGAUGUUAUCCGUUUGGUUUUGGCAGUGGUUUUAUCAAUUUUAUCCAUUUAGUGACAAGAAUGGUGAUCUGUUAAUCAGCAAAAAAGAAAGUUUUAAGAUCUUUUAUGACUUAUUUUUCUGGGUCUAUACUGAACAUACACGCCCUUGAUUUGUUCAAUCCAAUUUUUUAUUUCGUUCUAUGAUUAUUUUUAUAAAAGUUUUUUUUCCCUCUGUUUUCAAUUCAAAAGCUAUGGACAGUUUAAUUGUGUUAUGUUUCCCGUAAGGUGCAUGGGUCGUUGGGUCGCUAGUAUGACGGCUUAUUUCUUUUAAACGAUUUCUCUCAUGGUUUGUCAGGGAAUUCAGUUACGUUUGAAAGCAAAUUUCACAAGCCACAUCAUUUUUCGCAGGUUGCUCACUUCAUAUCAGAGUUGAAAUCAUCGUCACAGGAUGAUGCUAAAGAUGAAUGUCGGGCCCCCUCCCCGGAAUCCAGUACUUUCUUUUCACCAUGGUUAAGACCCCGUAAAGUAGAGAGUCCACACCCAGUUAGAGAUGCCUACCAGUGCUGUGAAACCGUGGUGUUACCAGGCGCAUCAUGUUUGUAUCUUAACUUUGAUCUAAGAUGUGCCACUCAGUAUGAUUACGAUAAGGUAGGCCGAGUCACAGAGGUCUGUUCUCGUGCAAAAUCCAGUUAAAAUCCUUGCUAUGACCCCUUCGCUUCACAUAAGCAAAUUUUAGAGAUUUUUUUUUUAGAGUGGAAUAUGUCGGUAUGUUGUUCUUCACAAAUGUUUGCUUUCUGAUCGUGUUUGGUCGAGAAACAGUCGACGAUGAUGUUUAUCUAAGCUUAGAGUUGUACAGAGUUUGAUUGGGUUUUAUUCCUGGACGCUUGCGCGCUUAAUGACGCAAUACUUUAACUUUCAAUUCAAGAAUGUUGAGAGCGUCUUUUUUAGUAAAAAGAUGAAAAAAUGUUUUUAACCGUCCUUCUACUAGGUACUUGUAUACGCUGGCAAUAACACAAAUGGUCGCAAAGUUGCAGAGUUUGGUGGCAACUCGCAUGGCGCAGGCAGCAGAGGUGUUGUGCAGAUGGGAUGGCCAAAGGAACCUCUCAAGUUGGAGGGUGAUGCAGUCACUAUCUCAUUCCAAGUGAAGAGUUCACGGGAGCGUAACACCCCAGAUGUUGCUGUGUGGGGGUUCAGUUGCAUUGUAAGCACAAAGGUAGGUCAGUUUUUCUCACAUUCAGUUACAUAGAAAUGCGAAGGUCCCGUAGGAACUUAGAGACCCAGGAACUAACGCAAAAGAUCCGGAAGCUACUAUUAAAAAUCUGCCAUCCCCAUAACCAUUCCAAUCUCUCUGGUCCUUUCAACUUGAAACUUGAAGUUACAGUUGCGAAGAUGCAGUUGAUUUUAGUUUUUCAUCCUAUCGGUUUAGAGGGUGGUGCGAGUUUUCCCAGAACAAUGGAAUAUCUCUUCCACAUCAAUGCCCUUUUCUUUUCAGGAGUAUAAGGAAGAACCUUCCACGCUGUUGUUCUUUGACGACCUGUACCUAAGCCUCUCAUUACUCACUCACAGUCUGCUGAAGGUUAGGUACCAGGGCCCAGCAAAUACGGAGGCCGAAGAUGCUUGCCAACAUUUACUCGAUUCUAAAUUGUUACAAAGGUGAGAGGACUCCUCCAGAUAUACUAUACUCCCUGUUGAUGUCGUGUAACCUAGUUGUGAGAAUGAUUUGAGAAUCGUUUCGAGAAAACCGAUAAGUGAUGUAGGUCUGUUUGAAAGUGAUUCGAUGUAUUACUUGACAUGCAAAUACGGCAUACUUCUUUGUUUUGUGUUGCUUGGAGCGGCCCAAUCUGCGAAAUCGUGUUUGAUUUGACACCAACUUUGUUACACCCCACUAACUAUGGCACCCGGCCCCCUGUUCCCCAAAAAUGUGGAGUUACACCUGGAGCUUGAUAGCCGCGGUUAAACAGGAGUUAGGAGAUUUGACACCAACCUUGUAGCCCUGGGUAACCGUGAUACCCCUUGUAAACUUGAAGGUAUACCCGGACUUUGAGAAUUAGGAGGUACCCUAGAGUUAUAUCAGGAGCUCAAAGGGAAGCUUAACAUUAACCUUGUUAGCCCUAUACGGCUUAGAUGUAAUAGGACCUCUUGAUAUACUUGAAUGCUUUUUCCUGCCUUUCCUGCAGGUGUGUGUGGCCAACCUCAGCUGACGCAUCGACAGCAUCAGGAACGUGUGGUACAGCCAUUACAGUUGAAUCAGAGAAGAGUUCUCCUUCUAGUCUUGAAAGUGUUUCAUCGAAGCCGAGCGUCAAAUUGUCUCCAGACCUUUUGAAACGUCUGAGAGUUGCCUCAGGUAAAAGUUAUAAGGAAUAACAGAUUUUAGAACGAAACAAUUUCGCUUUAUUUCAAGACAUUUUUCCUUGUCUUAUUGCGAUAUUUGUUUGUUUCUCAAUUUCGUCGGGAAAUUGAUUUAUUCAAGCAACUUUUCAAAUAUGUGAUGUAGGCUUUAAGUCCAGGAGGUUUUAAUGUCUUGCCUUAAGCACGCAUCCGAUAUUCUCCAAAGCCAAAAGAAAAGGGCCGGAAAUGAGUUAAAAAGAGAACUCGGAACGUUGCAGAGCUAAGAUCAAGUGUCACUUAAAGCAAAUAAUUGUUUUUCUUAUCCUCUAUUAAGGUAUUCUAGCCCCCACUCUCCGCCCCAGCCUACAGCAAGCCAUACUACCAGAAGCCAUCGAGGAAGUAGUGGUUCGGUGUGCGAUUAACCAUUUAGGACUCAGUAAGACUGUUCAUGGUCUGGAGCUUCUUCAGGCGACGGAGACAGAUGGUGAGGAGUACAGUUACCUAUGUGACGUGAUGCGGGAGGUGUACAAUCGGCUGAACGGUCUGAUCAGACAGCUGCAGACUAUGGCGGAGAUGGAGCAGAAGUGGGCUCACGAGAUGGAAGAUGUACGUAGUGGAAUCCUGCAGCCGAGUGCUGCCUUCUUCGAUGAAUUCCACCUGCAAGAGGUAUCAUGCUCGGUGUAUCUCACUUUUGAUUUGUCAAAGCGAAGGUGCCUCUUUUAGUCAAAGUUAUUUAAAAUUCUCAGAGAAGCGUGAUGGCCUACUUUCAAUCGAUAAAGUAGUUGAUGUACUGUUUUUAAGUGAGGCGUAUUUCUCAUUUUGUUUCACAGGCCAAGAGUAAGGAGCUUGAGUUACUGUGUUCACUGAAAAAAGUUGAGUUUGAUCCCAUAGAGCAGGAAAAAUCGGUGGGCAAACUGAUGUGAGUAGAAGAAUAUGAUCAAGAUAGAAAUUUUGAUAUUCCUGUUUUGGAUUUCAAAGAUAAAGAGAAAAUCAAAGAGGAUCGAUAGGAUUUCUAACAGGUUCCUACACUGAGAAGUGAAGGAACCUCCUCCUCUGUCCUACAAGAAACGGAUAAGCACCAGAGCAUGCUUCUCGCACCUGACAGUUGUCUUAGUUGGCUGUCAGGCCUACGAAGUGUGCCAAAGUAACCCAGGAUCUAAGUGAAGUUUUAUAGCGUUGUGCCUUGAUAAGACUUUCAUUUAGACCUGGAACAAUUCAUAACGUCGAUCGAAUACUAAUUCUAACCCCCAACGUCAUCAACGUAGUCUUUUGACCCUUUAACCCUUAAGAGUAACUGGUUUUUAACUUAUCCUUACAGUAUCACCCAUUGAUUAAAUACAACUGUCAUGAAAAUAACUGAAAUGAUCACCACUUUAGGAAGCUACUGAUUUUCAAACAAAUUCACCUUGUCUGAACUAGAGGAAAUGUAAAGAGAACAAUUUGGAUAAUACGAAUGCCUGUGUAAGGGUGUAUAGGCUUAUUCUUGUUUGGGGAAAUGCGACCUAAUGAUGUUCCCCUGUCGGGUCACCGUGUUGGCAGGAACCCUGGGUGCUUAACUUUUCACUGUUGUUUUGUAUUUCUCUCUUCUCAGAGAGCGGCUGGAUACAGAAGCAAGAGCAGAACCCCAACAGGCUAAAAACGGUCUGAAUGUGAUGCCAGUCACCAAGAAGUUUCUGUUUUCUAUUAUGGAGUGUGCAGAGCUUCUUUGUAAUGUGACUAUUGAAGCGAACCGGAAGAAACCUGUUCCAGAGAGAACUAUAUCGCACUGUAGCUUUGCACCGGAUCACGGUCAACAAUCAAAACAAGGUACGUUUGUCAACCGUUUUAAUCGUCUCUGUUCUUAACUCUCAUCGGUAUUUAUGUUUUGUUAUUAGUUACCUCCAAGGACGAGAACCUUGCUCCUUCUUCGCCGCUUCUCAGUCGCUCAUUUUCAGCACCAUCCACCCUGGAUCAAUCUACGUCACUUCAGGAAGGCAUACAUGACAUACGUAGAUUGCAGCGCUGGAGAACGAACGUUCAAAAGAAGCACAGUCGGGUUUCAUCUGAAAAUCAGACGGAUUCUGAUGCAAGAACUUUUGUUUCGACUGUGGCCGAGAUUUUCACUUUUAUUGGCAGCAAUCCAGACAAAGCUGUAAGUAGGGGAAUUUCUUGUGAAGGCCGAGUUUACUGCAUUCGUUGAUAAACUGUUGUAAAAGGCAAAGGGUAUUUCUUUUGAGUAUCGAAAACCAAAACCAUAUCAAUCGCAUCGGUCUAUCAGAGCGAAGAACAAUGUUUCAAGGGGGCACAGAGAACUUAAAAGUAAAACAAGCAAACUUCUUGAUGUGGGGGGAAGCUCUUCGAGUCAAACUGAUCACAGUGUACAGUAAAGUGAGCUCAAUGCAGUCCGAAUUACUUUCGAUUGUAAACUGGAAAUUGCGUGAACAACACGUUGAUUCCUUCGCGAGCGUUUAUGAUCGGGUAAUGAUGGACGUUGAGAGUUUCCAUACCCCGAAAAAAGGUAAUAGUUUAUUGAUCCCUACCGACAGAGUAAGCCAAGUCUAUCAAUAAGCUCUGCUGAUUUCAAUUUUUUUGUGGUAUUUGCGAAACUUAUUUCCUUACUCUUCGUCAGGUGACUUGUUCCAGUUUCCUCGCUGCAGCUCGAGUCCGGAAUGAGCGAGGGUUGGACCGAGUGCACGCUCUCCAGUGUAUGAUAGAGCUGGUUACAGUUUGCUCCCGACUCGGUUUGCAUUUGCCUUAUGUGAUUACUGCUGUGGCUUCCAUUCUUGCUCAAGGUCCAAGGUGAGCAUUGAUAUAUUUCCCUGAUAAAGCGCGCUGUAGAAAGUAUUCACUAACUCAGUGGGUGCUUAGUGAGUCUUGAAACAUGGUUCGUGACAUGGCUAAGUGGCCUUCAAUCGAAAACCAUGCCAUGAGUUUUUUAGGUGUAACAACCUAACUUUGUGCAAAUCAGAUGUAGACUUUAUUUUGCGCAGAAUGUACAAAUCAAGAACGAAGAUAUUGCAUCGCCAAAUUUAAAAGUCGUAAUGGGCAGAAAGAUAGAUUUUGUAAAGUUAUUUUGUGCGAUUAUGUCAUGGUACCGGAAAGAAAGGUUGUUCAGUCGUCUUUUAUGUGAUACACAGCAGUAAUUUUGUACGGUCCUUGCCAUCAGUUUGUGCCGUACUUUAUUAUCAUUUCAGGGGGUCAUCUUUUCUGCGUAGCUUCGCAUGUGUUAAAAGAAAACAAGAUCUGCCCAUUCUAACACUGCAAACCCCCUUGCUGCACUCAAAGUUGUUAAAAUUUCUCUAGAUAAACCAUGCCUUAGAAGUGCGCAUCCUCAAGCAUCCGUGUGUCAAUUUUUGUUUCAGGCCUGAGGAGCUUAAAUGCGGAGGCAUGGUGCGAGAGGUUCGCGACAUGUUCUCUGCUGCAGUCCAAGCCGUGGUCCAGAGGGCGUCCUCUGAGCCAGAAGUGUAUCGUGACAGCGUAUUAGUGCUCUCUGUCUGUCCGUUCUCAUGGCACGAAGAGCGCUGUGUAAUGAGGAGUGGUUUAGUGUAUCUGUUGGAUAAACUGUGUUCUUUGAGAAGCAAAAAGACUGACACAGCAUUGAAUUUAUCAGCUAUGGCUUGGGCUGGCUUUCAGGUGCUUUUGGAUCGGAUAGUUCAGUGGGAGAAUGGUAAAGGUAAGAAGUUAAUCUUCGCUUAUGUUGCAAAUUGGCCUAUGAUGGUUUUAGUUUCCUUGACAUCCAUCUUUUGGACUCGUCAUUCAUCAUGCGUAACCUCCCUCUCCCACUCCCCUCUGCUUCACUUGAAGAACAAUGAGGGUGACCUCCUGGCUUCAACACUUAUCGCGAGGCAAUGCCAACUUUGCUGAAAGUACGUUGUAUAAGAUCAGAUAAGAAAUUUUCGGUAACAUCAGUUGGUAUGAACUUUCACAAGGAAAGUAAAACCCAGUUGCAAGGGAUGGAGAGAAGGUUAAACCACCCAUGUCUUGUCAAUCAACUGCAAAUCUUGUGUGAAACUGCACAAUGGUUUCUAUUUUUCUGUUUAGAUUUCUGCCUUGGUGCUAUUGAGUGGUCUGGCUUAGCCCAUCAAGUGUCCAGUCUGUUGUCGAACUACCUCAGUUGUGUAUUGGAGGAGGGCCGUAAGGACGGUGUCUCUUCUAGGGACGCUCUGCAGUACGUCAUGGAAUUGUUACACGGAAUUAGCAGGUCAGUUGAUUACUCGGUUAAUUACUCAAUAUCUGAGGUUACAGCAAAUUUCAGUCGAGUAUUGUCAGUGUAAUCCGGUAUUGUGAUGGUUUUUGUUUACUACGUUUGACGGGUGGUCUCAAAACUCGCGCUACUUUCCCUACGAUCACGCACUCCUUUUCCGGAGGGAGCGUCUGAAGGAAAAUAAUUUUAUCGCAGGUUAUGUUCUGCCUCCUUAGCUAAUCAAAUGCAAUACUAUAAAAGAUUGGGCAUGCGCAAUUUCGUGUGAAAGUACCGAAAUGACAAACUCACAUCUUAAAACCUUUUCAACUCUCAGGAGCGAUUCACACGUUACAUCUUCCGAUAUUAAUAUAUUACUCAGCGAACAAGUAGUGUGAAUACACCAAGAUAUCUUCAAAAGGGUGUUCUCUUGAAAUGACAACAGAUUCUCUGAACUAAUUUACAAGGAACUGUAGAGCUGGUUGAGGGGAGAAUCUCCAUUCUCAUCGUGGCACCUAAAGGAUUAAGCUGACUGGAGUAUCACAGAGUGAUUAAGAUUACUCAAUGUUUGUUUUCUUCUGGAAAUUAGGAGCAAACUAGGAGACGGGAUUCUUCGUGAGCCACGCACCAUCUCCACCCUCCUAUCGCUACUACUGGAUCGCGAAGCGCCUCCUAAACUAAUACUUAUUGUGCUCAAACUCUGCUGCUUGGCCUUACCAUUGAUGAGCGCCAAGAGCUGCGAGGAAGUAGAGUUACCCUCCUCAGCCAAGCUAUAUUUUGGAGGGAAACAUGAAAAGAGCCUUGAAGGGAGCUCAGUGGUUAGAGUAGCUAAACUGUUUCUUGCUAAGCUGGGUGACUUUUUGCUGCCUUCACUGAGUCCGGAACGGGAGGAAGAUCAGGAAGAAGAAGUGGAUGAAUAUGACGACAGUGAGAUCGCACACAAAGAUGAAGACAGCAUGUGUGUGUAUGUACAUAAACGAGAUGAUCAACCGGCUCAUGAAAUUGUUCGGAAGGUUCUCAGGUACAGUAUAAAAACAACUUUGAUUUAAGUGUCGAAAGAAAUCUAGGAUUUGAAUGGAAAUGUACUGAUGCAACUGACUGACUUUGGAAGAGUGUUACUAACUAGAUCGCUAGUCUAACAACAUUUGUAUUUUCUCACUCAGUAUGCUCAGUAUGGGCUUUUUCUUUGUUGUUGGACACGGUUCGGAGUUGGAGCGCGCGGUCAAGCUUGACCAAGAGCUGACCGAGUACGGACGAGGUGUUCUUCUCACCGACACUUUGUCAGAGUGUUUAAAGAAGGCGGCUGAAUGGGCUCAGAAAGGACUUGUGGUCAGUAUAGGCCCUGCUGCCUUGGCAGAAGGAGAUGGAGGACAAGGGAUACCUUUAAUGGGAUCCGGAGACCCAGAGAGAGUCUGUAAAGCCAGGAACAGCCGUUUGUCAAGGUUUGUCUGAUUUACUCAGCAGUUCAGGAGUCAUUACUUGCCAACUCUCUCGUUAACAAAUCUUAUCUUAAAGAGAGGCAUGGCGGAAUGCAGUAAGAAGUAAGAAGAAUUUCGAGGUCGUUUUACAGUCAUGAAAAGCGUUUAUUAACUGUUAAGGUAAUUCCAUUGUGUUGCAUUGCGCAUCCUUUCUCGGUCGCACUGGUAGCACUUGCACAUCAACGCCGAAGGGGAAGUCCGUCCUUUUCAAUUUUCCUCCCAUACAUUGUUAAUGUCUUAUCUCCCAAUAUUUAUAUGUAUGCUUUUCCACUACUGGUUGGGUUCUGCAAAAAAAAAAAAUCAUUUUUUUGUAAUUGGCUUCUUUUUACCUCCCAAUGACUUUGUCUUUUUAACUCAGAGUUUUUUUUACAGAACCGAAACCAGCCGUCCAUUCAUCAGUGGUCAAGUAGCUCACACCAUGGCUUCUGAAGUGAUCUCUCUGUUGCACGGGUUCUUAACGCAUUCUACCUCUGAGACCGCUAAGAUAUGGGCCUCUUCUGUGCGAGAUGUGUUGUGCGAGGCGCUUAAUUACGUGCCCGACUUGGUUAGGACCCUGGAAGCGGAAGGAAGGAUUUCAUCAGACGGGGCCCAAACGGCUCUCAAAGAACUGGAUUCUGAAGAUGAUGAGAAGACUGGUCAUGAACAAGAGUGGAUUUUCAAAGCUAGGAGCAUUAUGGCGUCUCUCUGUGCACUGGGUGGUUUUGGCCAAAGUAUCCACCCAGGGUGCACAGUUCUGGUAAAGAAUUAAGCUCGGAGUCGUAACUUUCCCCUCUACCUUUUUCACAUUUCGAUCAAAGUUAAACGUGAGAGGUUUUCGUCUUAUAACGAUAGCACCUGUUUACUGGAUACUGUAUCAAUCUGGGAUUUGAAGGUGAAAGGGUUAUGAUAUUACUAGUUUAUCUCAUUUGAUUGAGACAUCAAUAAAAGAUAACACAAAAUUAGGAGGCCGGAUUAUGCUGUUAUGUGAUUUUAAGCUGUUUGCAGAAGUGUAUUAAAAUUGUCUCUCGCUGGUGCAAAAGAGUUAGAGUCGUGAGGGCCUAGAAGUAAACGCACUGGACUCUAAAAGUCCAUCAGGUUUGAACUUGGGCCUGGGACGUUGUGCUACGUUCCUGAUAAUUCUUACAAUGAUUCUCUCCACGAAGGAGUACAAAUUGGAGAACACCGAACUAUCAUCAGCCUUCCUGGUAGCCCAAGCAAUUUUUAGUACGAAUGACUUUAUUCUAAUUUGACUUCUUGUCGAUGUUUUGAGCAUACAAUUUACUUGCUCUUUCUUUCUUGCAGAUCACCGGAGAAGAUAUGGUACGUACAACUGGCGAAGUUGUCAGUGUGUCCGAGAGACAGGGCGUGGCUACGGUACUUCUGGACAUGGGAGGGGAAAGCUACAGCGAUAGGGUACAGGAGAUACCAUUGGCGAGACUCAAAGUUGCCAACGCUCAGGUAUAUCUCCGUUCUUUACAGACUUUCGAAGCAAUUUAAGUUUCUUGCCUCGAGAGACCUCAAUUCAAAUCGGUUUGAUGGAGUUUUGUAAUUUUUACUGCGCAGCUUUUAUUGAAAGCUAUCAAAAGUUUAACGCUCUUUUUGAUCUGCGUGCUCUUUUUAACUAGAAAGUUCCUCUCCGUUACUAGGUUGUGUAUCUUACCGAGUUGUCCAUGGAACAACAAACUGUCGCUGCUUUGCUUACUAUUUUGAAUUCGAAAGAAAUAAUUUUUGAUCAGCUUUUGGAAGCAGACCAAAGUGAGAAAGUUGUCCCUCCCUCACCCGCAGCAAGAAUUCUGGCGGAAAUGAAAACAAGGUCAGUGAAGUUGUCUUCUUCUUCUUCAUUUCGUGUUUAUGAUGCUUGCAAUUUUGUAGGGCGCAGUCAUUAAGAACUCGUGUGAGUUACUGUUUAUUGUGUGAUCCUUUCACACAAUAUGCAUUCAACUGUAUGAAACAAUUUUCCUGUCUUAACAUGCCUGCCCGUUUUACAUUCCUGACAUAAUGUAACGCGUGUGCCAAAGGUGUCAUUACAAUUUUCUUUUCCGCCAUGGUGUGCUGCGUGCGUCACAACUUUUAAUUUUUUCCCGCCAUGUAAUAGUGAUUAAAGUUCCUAAAGUCGCCAUUAGAUUGGUCACUCGUGCGUAUAAAACCAAUUUCUCACGCUUAUUUGUGAGAUAAUGACCAAUUAUUGAAUGAUGUUACUCUGUCAAAAACUUGACACGUUCUUUCUAGUGUUUCCCUAUUGAUUACUGCCUCUCGAUCUUUCACUCUUCAGAGCAAGUAUGGUGCUAUCUUCCCAAAUGCAUGACUCAUCCUUUAUCACGGCCAUUUUAUCAAACCCGUCAUUCGAGAUCAUCUCUAGAUUAUCAGGAGAGUGCGAUCCAGGCUUAAGACUGCCUGUAAUACAGAAACACUGCCAGCAGCUGCGAAAACUCUUCAAAGACUUCGUCAAACCAGAGCCACCCAAGAAAGCAACCAAGAUCGAAAAAAGGAUAGUGCUCGACGGAAGUCAGGUCUUCCCUCCCGUGCGGGGAUGCGUUUUUACCGAGGGACACACCUGUGUUCACUUCAUGGAUGACCCUACGGCAGGUUCCGGACUUCCGAGGGGGUUGUUUGUUUAUGCAAGUUCUCCGUUACCUCAAAUGGUAUGUAAGGUUAUUUUCAAUUGCGUGUCUACAGUAUCCAGUGUGCUUUUGUAAUGAUUGGUCAUUUGGAUUAGUUUGGUUAUGGUGUUACUUCGUGGUGAUCCUUGACUUCUACGUAGAGGCCAUCUUCUUUUCCGCGCAUUUCCUUAUUAUCACGAGCCUCUCGAGUGAACGAAUUUCAAACGAUGAAAUUCGAGGUGCGCAGUAUAGUUGUUAACCUACUUAGGUACACUAAGUACUCGUGAAGUUAUGUGCACUAUAGAAGAGCAGAGUGGAACAUCAAUGUUCAGUGGAAACGGGAUAUUUUCUCGUUUUCCGUCAGUAGUGUUGUUGAACCGCUUGGCUAACUACAGCUUUAUUUUUUUUAGGCACCAUCCUUUUACUGGGAAAUCGAACUUUGCUCCCUGGGGGACAAGGAAGAACCGGAACCGGGUCCUUGUAUUUCCGUGGGAUUUGCUCCUAAGACAGAUCAGCCUGCUAGUGGCUGGGUAAACCCCGUGGGCUCUUGCCUCCUACACAGGUUUGCUCUAUUUGAGUUACUUUUACGUCUCGUGGGGUACUGUUACCUGUGGGUUUAGCUUCUGUUUUUUUUUUUUUGCUUUGUUUAGUUUUUUUUUUCAGUUAUGGUUUUUCUUUAAUCAAACAUACUUGCAAGAACUUAAUGUCGUCUCGUGGUUUUGAAUAUUAACAGCAAUGGCCGUGCAGUGCUCUACAGAACAGGUGGGCUCCUUCAAUGGAAAACUGUCUCGCUAAAUAUCGUGAUGAAAGAAAAAGACGUCAUUGGGUGCGGAUAUAAAAGAGCUGAAGAUCAGGCCGAUCGGGGAAUGGUGUAUUUCACUUGCAAUGGCGAACGGUUGGCAGAAGGCGUAGACGGGGUGCAGACUGGUCUGUGGCCUGUACUUCACAUUCAGAAGAAGGUAACACACCGUAACCCUUUGACCAUCUUACUCCCAAGAUCUGCUUGUUAAUUCUCCUCUCUAGAAGCCACCAACUUCCUUGUGAAUUAGUUACGAGAAUUUGGUGUUAGAUCAGGAUAAAAACUUCCUCCUGAUAAGUUUGAUUAUUUUCAUUACCUGUUUGUUGGAUAAUGAAUGGAUAUCAUGGGGAGAAAUUGCAAGUCAAUCACUUCUGGGAGUUAAAGGGUUUAAUGAUAAUAUAACGAGGAUACUCAAAUCUAUCAAGUAGAGGUUGUUAUCUUGAUCCGACACCAAAUUCUAGUACCUAAUUUACAAGAUGUGUAGCAGCUAGAGGAGAGACUUAACGAUCAGAUCUUGGGACUUAAAAGGUAUCUAGAACCAGCAUCUAAGUUCUCCUUAUAAUAUCAGCCCUGAGUCACUUGUCAAGGUCACAAGAAUAAGAGAAAUGAUCACUAACUGAGGAAGUUCUUCAUUGUUUAGCAAGUUCUCCCUGUCUGCACCUUGGGAAAUGUAUAGAGAACAGUAUGGAGAAUAUGCAUACUGAUGUUAGCUAAUGUUAGCUACUGAUGUUAGCUAAUUCUCUUUUUGAAAAAAAUGGCCUAUUUUUAUAACAUUUGCAUGGAGCGAAACUUGAAUUUCGGAAUACAUUUCAUUCGUCACCGGUUGAUUUCCGCAGUGAGCAACCAUCCAGGACAAGGAACAAUUGUCGAGGCAUAACUCCAGCUUAAGUGGAAACUCGAGAAUCACAUGGAGUAAUUUUAGGAAAGAAUAAAAGAUUCAUCCUGACAGGUUUUUGUUGUAUUUUUAAUCGAAUCUAUUCCUCUACUGAUUGGUUCCAACCAUUACCCUGGGUCAUACAUAUUGUCUAACUUUACUCUCCAUUCCCAUAGAAUGUACGUGUUCGUGUGAACUUCGGUUCUCGGUCGUUCUUCUACGAAGAGGGUUCUAAACACCGUUUGGCGGCCGACUUGUGGAGUGACUCGUUAGUGGACGUCAGACAGGGAUUCACUGAGCUUCCGUUUGCUCUCGAACCUGACCAGGAUGAGGAGAUAAAAGGACAAAAGCCUCCUACAGUUUGUAAACCCUCGCCACCUGCACCAUUAGAUAUCCCGAAAGACUCAGCUAAAGGUUAGUUAAUGGUUAGUGGAGGUGACAUUUCUCGGUUUUUGUGUAGCGCCCAAGUAUACAUGACAGGCAAGUGCAGUCACCUUCAAAGUUUGCUAAAGCUGUUACACAGCGUGCGCAUAGUUGCAUCGUUAAACAAUGCUACACUGUCAGUAGUCAAACGUCUAUUACUUGAACUGGUUUAGUCUCAGCCAGAAUUAACACCGUGAUAUUGAUGUAGACUAUGACUACGACGAUGACAAUGACGAGACGUUAACAAUGACGACGACGAUGACGACGGAAGUAACGGUGAUGAUAAUGAUGAUGAUGAUGAUGAUGAUGAUGACAACCGUGACGACAUCAAUAUUAUGACGAAAGUGACCAUAACAAAAACCGUUACGUGUUAAAGGUGACGAUGACGAUAUCAAAUUUGGUUAAGAUGAUAAUAACAACUUAAACUGAAUAAAGACAAUACAGAUAAUUAAUGGUUACCUAACGACAUCCUUUCAUCAAGCUUAUUCAAACAUGUAAAACUAAAAUAAACGUGUUUGCGUGAAGUCCCAGUUCCGUUACUUCAAUCGAAUCCUGUUAGUACGUUUCAAUGAAUAUCUUAACAUUCAAAAUAGUAAUUCAGGAAAACUUCAAAGAUUGAUUCAAAUUGUUCCUCUUAACAAUCUCAGAAUACGACCCACUUGCCUGCCUUCAGUACAAACUGACAAGUAGUUACAACAGAAUGACGGAUGUAGGACCAGUAACACCUCUCCGCGCGAGUGAAGAGAGCAACAGCCAGUGGGGAGAAGCCCCACCAGUAGAUCCCUCUCGCUUGUUGGUGAAAGCGUGGGAGGACAAGGUUUUCCCCAUCAUCAGAAGACGAUUUCGUUCAAACGCUGACCGCCAAUCGGGGCUUGAGCAAAUUAAGGGAGCUCUACUUGCAGGUAUCAUGGUGUAUGAUAGUUCGCACACUUUUGCAGACCUGUUUUGCAUCUCGUUAUAUUAACGUGAAUAAGUUAAUUUUGUUGAACUGUUGUUAAUGAUCAUUUUGAGGACACUGCAGCUCCACCUGACCGAUUGCUUCGCCUACUUCUGCCCAAUGCAAUCUUUUUUCAAGUCUACGUGCCACUUGCGUAUUCAAUAAUUCUGGUUUCUUUUUCCUAGGAAUGACGGAGAUCGCCAUAGCAACAGUAGCUGAUUUGUACGAAGAUAAUGGCGGUAUCCCUUCAAUCCUUCAAUUUCCCACGCUUGAUGACGUCAAGGCCGACGUUAACAAGGUGAGCGCCGGGGGACUGAAGCCAGGUCAGGCUGUAAUCAUUAAUAGCCCUACUCUGAACCAGGCCGCCUGUGUACCUGGCUUUGCUGUCCCAGAUAUGAAGAAGACAUUCGGACUUACAGGGGUGGUGAAGAGUGUUGACAAGGUAAGUAUCUGUAACAUGCAUUUAGCUUUAUUCCACAAUUAAGCUUAGAUUUAACAUCUUUCACCAAACACCACGCUUUCAGCGCUGUUGACUCUAACAAUAUGCAGCACAAAAGGCAUACAAGAAAAUAGCUUGCAUUUGUACUUGUCUUUAGGGCCUAAGACUUUGUGGUUACGUAAUAAAUGCGGUGGAAGUUUAAAUCCUUAUUACUUAACUUAUUUUUCUUGAAGCAUUUUUUCAAACAGCAGCCCAUAGAAAGCGAGUGGCUUGAAAAGAUCGACAUAUAAAGCCUUUUUGUUCCAAGCCAAGUCAGCCAAUCCUCUCCUUGCAUCUUCGGGGACCCAUUUUCUCAUAUUUUCUUCCAACAAAAUUUCUGGAUCAGGCUUGGCUGACUCUUGUGUUCCGUUUUCCUUUCCGUAUUUCUCCUUUAUGGCUUUGGAUCACCUUCUCUUCUCUUCAUUUUCAUUUUGACUAUUAAACGUCACUAGAGAGUAGUAGCUGUUGGGGUUAUAGCACUGACUCGUUCACCCUAUUUUGACUCUGAGCUGGAAACGUCGUGUGUGUAAAAAGAUUAGAAAGAAGGUACAAUAUUGGUAACGAAUAAAGAAAGUUGUUUUAAACGUCGUAAUGGCUCAUUUUCUUUAUGCAGCCUCAAGGAUUAGCAGAAGUAGAGACAUACAACAGAGAAGAAGGAAUACUUAUGAGAUUCUGGUAUCCUAUCUGUACUCUUGAGCGGCCGACCGCUGGUCUGGCACGUUCGUCGUCGCUGGCAUUGUGCAGCGAAGACCGCACUCGCGCCGAUCUUUAUUGUGAGCUGCUCCGAAAUGAGGCUUGUGUGACCCGGAUGUACUGUAGAGAGGCGAAUGCCAGGUUGCUUGCAAAGCUGGCAGAGAGUCAUAACCAAAUCUCAGGUAAAACUGUGGUGGAGUUGGGUAGGGUGGAUACCAUUCGUUUGCCCUCAGGGAUCCAAUUUUUUUCAACUCAGUUCCAUUGAUGAAAACAGUAAGUUCUGUUGUCUGUGUCGGUGGAAAUCUUAAGCAUGUCUGCGUUUUCUUUCGAUAUCUUGUUUAUUUGACACAUGCACCUCGUUUACUUCAUAUUUUUUUGCCCAAGUUGUAAAUAGGCCAACUUACAGCUAUUUUGAUAUUAAGUUAAACUAUAUGUAAAAUACUUUACCAGCUUUGCCUGCGUAAGGAAGCUUGUUUCUAACUGAUCUUUAUCUUUGCACGUAUGCUACUUCCUCCAUUCAUGUUCAUCACUCCGAAUUUAAAUCAAUUCACUCUCUGUCUUGGACAAAGCGGCCUCAUAGUUUACUAUUAUCGUGGGACACCCCCUACUGGAACUUACCCCUUUUGAUGUAGUCUUUGUAUCACAAGGCCCAUCCUUCUUGGUAUGAAGAUUAUUGACCUCCAUGUUGUCAAUUUCUAGAUGUUUUAUCGCUUCUCCAAGCUCUUACUGCCCAAUUAUUGGCUGUGCCUCAGUCCGAUGGCUCUAUUAUCAUGACGUCACCUCACUCAGCCCCAGGCCCCCGUCACUGCCUCACGGCCAACACCUUGCAACCAAGCACUAUCUUCUUCAGUGAACCUGCGAAGUUAAUUUCCGAGGUUCGUAAGUUGCUGUCUUUGGCAGCCGAUCAGGACGAAGAAGAGGUCCUUAGGAUGGUAAGUACUGUUUGUGAGGUGCUGAAAGUUCCCCCCUUGGGCGGCCACCACCGGGAAAUGUCGGUCACGGCUGGAAAAGCGGACGAAGAGGUGUACUUCCCAGGCGCAGCGGUGACAGUGGUUUCUUGCAGAGAAGAUCCCGGAUGUUUAAAUGCAGGGUGUGUAUGUGCUUAUGGUUUCACGAGAUAAUACAAAAGCUGGUCUGGGUUAUCCUCAACACUAUCUAAUUAUUGCCAAUCAACAGCAUGUGCAAGCGACAAAGCCUAGCGUGAUUAAUCGUAAUCAAGUUCUAUCGUUUCGUUACCCUAUUUCUUAAGAGUGCGGCGCAGAAAGUUGGAACACAAGCGUUUGGGGCAAGAAUAGAAUAGAAUAGAAGGGGCGUACAUCCUAACUGACCCCGUACACACUGACAGAUUUUGCACUCAAUAGCUCCUUACAGAAAGAUAUGAUGCGAGGCUAUUUUCUGUCGCUGGAUUUAACUAUGUAUUGACCAAUUUAUUUAUUUGUUUCAGGUGCUUGUCAAACCCCAAAUCACCAUGUGUGUCAAUUUCAUGUUAUCAUGGAAACCAGAAAGUCAAUAAAAAUGGCCAAGUAGCUCGGUACAAAGUUGUUCAGUAUCCCAACACAGCCGAACCAAACAGCUCAGCAUCAGCGGGAGCCGACCUGUUUCCAGAUGUGAUUCUUCCAUGCAAUCGUCUUGACGUUCGCUUCUUCAGCUCCGCUACGGAAGGACUCAUGCUCCAUUUAAACGCCUUUCCUGCGGAGUUCUUUAUGUCACUUGUCUUCAUUGAAGUCUUUAUUUCAUUUUACCUGGAAAAUUCCUUGGAGGGUUUCAGAAAUUCGAAGAACACAAGUACUAGUGGCGUCGAAGAUGUAAGCAGCCGGAGAAGUUUGAAUCAGAGGACUAUUGUCUACAACUUGAUUGACAUUCUCAGUUCGUUUCUUAUGAAGUCGGAUUUGCCCGCUGUUGUCAAGGAGAUUAUUUAUCACCUACUGGCACAGCUUAUCAGAGCUAGUCAUCUGGUGGAGUCACAGGGAAACCAAUCUCACAGUGCCGAUCAUUGCAGCACGUUGGACUUGGCCCUGUCGCGAUUGAGUCCCUUGCGAGUUGAGCUGCAGAAAUUGCUAGAAAAAGAACUCUCGGCUACGAACACAGCAGCGCUGGAUUUCAUUCUCAACUGUAACUUUGAACACAGUGAGUUCUCGUCUUACUUGCAGGCUCUUCUAGGGUUGGUUUCAGCAACCAAUGAAGUAUCAUCAAGCCAAGGAAAAUCGGGCAGAGGUAUGUCCAUGAAGGAAGUCCGCGAGGCCUUACAAGUGAGUACAGCUUUCCUAGUAACUACCUCUCCUCGUACUCUGUAUCCUAACGUAAGCAAAAGGACAGAGAAGAGUGGGUAGUCUGAAAUUUUACCCGACUCCGGGUAGUAUUAGAUAGGUUUGACUUAAGAGUGGACAUGAGCUGCGAGAAACUCCUUUGUUUGGUACCAAAGAGAGGGAUUAAAAGAAACUCAAAAUUGUUUAGUAAGCGAGAAAAGCGUCGCUUACUCAAAUGGGUCCUAAACACCCGACUAAAGAAAGGCAAAGCGUAAGGAUUUCGACUCUGUGGCUGUUGAACUGACGUGUCAAGCAAUCAGCUUACAUUCAACCGGAAGUCGAUUGUACCAAACACGAAUGUCUACUGCAACCGAUUUGGCUAAAAGCGCGUUAUAAAAAUAUCUAUUCCAUCCUCUUGAUGCAAAAAUCCAUGUUUGGUGAGGGAGGCUUUUUAUUUUCAUGUUCUAUUUGCUUUUUGUAACGAAGUAAACGAUGAUCUAAGAAAACUUGGAAGACUAGGAGAAGAAAUGGGGGUAACACUAACCUACCUUUUUCGUUUUUGUUUAGGCUGCGGUCUCUUUGGAUGAGACUGACAAUGUAGUGCGGUCUGCUCCACCAGAAAGUGUUGACAACAUGUUUAAUUUUGAAGCGGAAGCUGUUUAUCCUCCUUCGGCCACGGAGACUGCGGCGUCGUCCGUUCCUCCUUCCCCAAAGGUGAAGGCAAGCGAAAGGCGCGGUAGUGUUCGUCGGCGUAAAAGAGGUUUCGGACAUGGUGUCACGUCUCCCACAGAGAGCAUGCCUUGGUUUGAUAAGGUCGUCGGCACCACAAUGCUGCUGAGAAAUCUCAUUCAUAAAGAUUCAAGGGGAUCGUCCCAACUCUCUGAUAGUUUGGCUGCGGUCAUUGCUUCAAAAAGUACAGCGCUGCAACGACUUCUUAUCAUCACCAACAUUUCUACCUCCUUGAGUAAGAGAGAAGCUCUGGAGGCCAUUAAGAAAGCUUGCAGACCAAGUGGAGGCAUCUACGAGAGCGUACUUUACAUUCCAGUGGUCGAGUCGCGCAGUAAAACAGAGGAGCCAGGCAAGAAGAAGGAAAGUGAAGAGGUGGAUUCCAGGCUAAAGUCAGUGACGGAACUUCUACCCAGUGCCCAGAGAGAAAAGCCCGACAAGAUACUAGGUUACGCUGUGGUGGAGUUGAAGAGUUCAAGUCAACUUGAGCUAGUGUAUCAAACCUUAAUGUCUAGUAAGACGUUAAAGGAUCCGUCAUCGACAGACUCCACCGUUGGUGUGGCUAAGGUCAACUCUGAACUACUUAUGGAAGGAACUAACGAGCUCGCCGCUUUUUCGGUUUUUGAUGAGUUUUUAAACGCUAGGUUGUAUACCGAUGCUACAGCCAAAUCGCUCUCUGAAUCGGCGAAAACAGCUCUGGCAGAAAUUUUCUCGAGCUGUGCUCUCGUUUCUAGAGAUGAUUCGUCAAAUGCCGCAGAGGCUAGAUCCACGAGUGUGGACAGUGUAACUGACACAGCUCUGCAAACUGCUGCUGUGGAACUACAGAAAGCUGAUACCGUUAGUGAAGGCAGCACAAACAAGACAGAGGAUACUGAAUCUCAAGGUCUAGUCGAGACAGAAUCAAGGUCACAGGAAAUUCCGCGCCGAGAUACAGAUUCACUCAGUAGUAAUGGUGUGCAGAGCGAGACGCAGUCUAACCAGAGCAACUUUGCCUCCAUAACAAAAGUACUGCUGACAAACGAUCAAAUUUGUAGGGUUACACCCGGAAACUUGCUGUUAUCAUUUUUCAACGCCGUGCGUCACGCUAAAGAAUCAACCACACAACUUGUGACCCAGAUCCUAAGGAAUUACGGAAGCCCUGUUGAAGGAACCGAUGAAAGAGUGCUUGGACUUGAUGGCUUUCAUAACUGGGCGCUGUCUCGUGGUAGUCAAGAUGUUCGAUCGAUAUGGAAAGGGCUUAUUGCCUGUGGUUAUGAUCUGCAGUUCAAAAGGUAAAGUCUGAUUGACUGUUCUUGCUUUUCGCUGUUAUGGCAUGAGUGGAACACCCUUAGCUGAUUGCUUAGUAAUUCUCCCUACCUGUUUUGCUAACUGAAAUGUUAAUGUCAUAAGGAGAACUGACUAUUUAAUCACGUAUGGGAAGUCAGAAGCAAACGACUGACUCUCGACCUUGGACUUACGACCCCAGUGCUUAAGUUUGGAUUUAUGUUACUGUACCAUAGUAACAAAUUCAAUUGUCUCUAGAGGUAGCAGGCACGUAAAGGCCAUUUGCCAAACCAGCACAAAUGAUACUGCAACAAAUUCUAUAGGACCAGAGAUAGUAAGGACUGAAUCUACUGCCUUUUUCAGAACAUUCUGUACUUUCACGCAGUAAUUUGAAAUAGAACGAAAAUGUUUAAGUUGUUUGAAGGAUCUUUUCAAAAGCAUUACAGAAACCUCAUACCAUUUGUGUAACACAGAGGGCUUGUGCUGUGGUCUAUUGCUUCAUUUACAGUGUUAGAUAGCAGUGCUAUCGAUUUGAAUGAUUCUGUGGAGUUAUUACAUGAUCUAAAUGCUACCACUAUGUUUAUUGUUAGGUGCACUUACUUUCUUCCGUCUGAGAUGGAAUCAGAUCAUGCUAACUGGCCUUUGGCUCGUGACCACGCCCUUGUCCUGUAUGUGGAUACCCUGUGUCGUGCGUGGUCUACCACUCCGUCCCGUCUUAUGCCGGAUGAACUCCUUCUCUCUGAGGUGGGCCUGGCAAGCGAAGAUUUUCGUCAGUUACAGGGUGUGGUGUUUUUUUGUUUUUUGUUUAUUUCUUACCGAUUUUUGUUAUCUCUGCGUUAUCUUCCUCUAUUAAAAAUGUUAUAAUCCUUGUCAAAAGUUGGUUAACGCGCGACAAAUGCAGCCAGGUUUAUAGUGUUUUCCAGAAAAACCAGGGGCAAUUUUAUUACAAUGUGAUCAUAGAAAAAGAGCAGAAACACAUGUCAGCUUGAGGGUGUUAUCUUAAUUCUCUUGACCUAUUUGCAAGGAAAAGCUUAGUGAUCGGAAGUGAGAAAUGCGAAUCGAGUAUUAGCAGUUGAAGAAUUGACGUGCCAUGUUCCACUGUGUCUUAGGUGUGUCUUUAAGAAGCCUGAGAAGUCGUUUUGCGUUCCUCAAGUCAUUAAACGCAGACGUAGAACGCCUGCUGUUACCUGUGACCGACUUUAGAGCCGCUGAGACGUUCAACCUUAGCACCGCUGCCCUUCUGAGAGAUGCCCGCGGGCUCCUUUUUUAUCACACCAAGGUAGCAUUGUUGAAUCACGUGCUUAACCACACUGCCCAUCGCGAAGCCGAUGAUCCGCCGCCCGAAGUCUCUAUAGAUCCACUACAGUCCUUAGAAGGUUUGUUCCUUUGCCAUAGCAUUAGGAUGUUAUUUGAGUUGCACUAGAACUAUCAAGAAGGCUCCUUUGAUAAUUUUUGUGUAGACUAGCUUUCUUUCUUAACAUUGUACAAUGUUUCCUUGACAAGUGAACUUGCCAAGUGUACAUCUCAACUUUUAGUUCAACUGCCCCUUUUUAACACUUGAUAGUGACGCGUUGCAUAUAACACUGGUUUUUGGCGCAGUUUGUAAGUUUUACAGGCGCAAAACGUGAAAAAAAAAAAAGAAUAAAUGUGGGGUUAUCUACUUCCUGUUUCAUGCCGCAAAUUUUCAAGCCAGGUGGAGCAUGCUGAAUGAUAGUUGUCCGUCCCCCCCCCUCUCUCCCUCUCUCUGCGAUUCUGCAGGGUUCCUGAUGGCACUGAGCGUUGAUAUCAGUCAAACAGUUUUUCAAGAAUUCUCAUGAAUAACUUAUGAUGCAAUGCGGCCACCUCCAACACUUUUUCUAAUGAUAUACAGAGUCUAUUUGACUCAUAUAUUGUUAAUUUUACUCUGCUUUUCGCUUCAGUGGAUAAGGUGUCUUCAGCUGGGCCGCAGUUCUGUCUGGCCGCUCAUAACAUUACUGCAGUUCCUUCCAGUGGACUCAGAGUCAAGGUCGCCACGGGUGGAGACCCAGUCUUCCCUCUGAAAGUUGUACUCCAGGGAGAGCAGGUCCUGGGGUCAGGUAAUGCUAAUGAAACAUUUCUCAGCGCGCUGUGACUUAUUUUUUCAUAUAUCUUGUUCAUUAGCCAGGGUUUAGAUAUGCUCAAUUUCCCAUGUGAAAACUACAGAUGCUUACUUGAGUGGUGAUUGCCACUCUGACUGACCUUCUGAUCGCAUGCCACUGGGUUUUUCUUUCUUGUGUCUUUUUCUAGGUGGUUCCUUCCGUCACUUUAUGUGGCUGAUGGCGCGUGAACUCCAGGGUAACCAUGUGGGGCUUUUAGUGCCAUGCCCCAGCUCUGCUGCCAACAAGAACAAGGUGCGUCCUCUGAAGUAUUGACAAAAAUUACUAAAAUCAGCACACGAGGGACUCCACUAAGAGGACUUGAGGAAGGAACCAGUUAGCUAGAAAAUUCAAGGCUUUACCGUGCGUUACACUUCCUUCCGUUAAAUCCCUUUCUUCUUGCUUCAGUCAUAUGACACAGUAACUAAGUAUAUAAAGGUUGUAAAAUUGAAAUUUAUGUUUUUCCUUUGUGCUUAUCAUAGGGAAAGUUUAUUUUGAAGCCGGGUCCUAUGACAUAUGCGGAGGAGGAAUUGCUCAUCUUCUUCGGACAGGUGAAGUUCAACUGUACAUAAUACAUUUUUAAAUUGUGCAUUCAGUUAAGAGAACCUCACUUCUUUAACAAAACCGGCAUUUUAUCUUGAACAUGGUAGUCCAAAGCACUUGUUGCGAGGAAAAUUGGUAAUAUCGCAGUUUGUUCUGUUUUACGUUUAUAUCCAAUUUUCAUGACUGUGUUUCCACACCUUAAAGCGCUCCAGAGCUUCUCCUGAAAGUUUGCUAAUUUAAUUUUUAGCCUAUCUCUUUGCUGUGCUAUAAGUGCCCUUGUACCAGUAAAUGAUAUAAAUUUGUGUAAUAGUAAUAUAACACUCGCCAGCCAAUUGGUUUAUCUACCCUCAUCUGGAUAACGUCUUGAUACUAUUAGAAGGAGUUACGUGAAAUUCACUUUUUCCACACAGCUGCUGGGAAUUGCACUGAGAGCUGAUAUUCCACUCGCUCUGGAUCUGUUGCCUUGCUUCUGGAAAAGCUUGUUGAACCUCCCGUUGGACCCGCAGGACGACCUCAGAGAAACUGAUAUUCUCACUUACAACUACUUGCGACGAUUUUCGGAGGUAACGUUAACUUUUUGGGUGGGUUGUUAUUCAAACAUCCGUUUUCCCGAGUUAGUAUUUAGCCGGUAGAGGGCUCACCCUCUUUACUUAGGGCAGUAGGAAGAGUUCUCCUGUUGUAGGUCUUAGGCUAGUGUCUUUCGGGCACCCAACGAUUUAUUGUUUAUCCCUGACGAAGACUGAGGUUGCAUGCCGCAUUGACGCACUGGUUCUUCCUUGUCCGCCCCGCCCUAACAGGUUGUCUAUCGUGAGUUGUUAUUGUCGUUGUAGUUGUCGCUGUUUGUAGAAAAUUUCUCUUGAACUCUAGCGAUGCAUAACUUGUGCAAGACGCCUACGGCAAAUGUCUGCUUCUGGUUGUUUCUACUCUUGAUUUAAAAUCCAUUUUCAUGUACUGAUAUACGUUUUUUUUAUUGGAGUAAAGGACAUUUUAACAAAAUCAGACUUAGUUUUGCGCUAUUUGAAUGGAAGUGCUUGAUAAUACCCUUUCCAUGUUACAUUCUUUCUAAUAAAAAAUUUUCAGCUGUUAAAAACUGUUUAGCGUCAAAAUCAAUGUAUUUAAAAGGAUACAGGCGACCUCGGAUGGUAUGUGUGACUUAUAUUUAUUGUGUUUAAGGUGGAAAGCGCGGAGGAAUUUCAAACGUUGUGUGUUGAAGCUGAUCUGUGCCCAUACCGAUUUGUUUACACCUCCCUUGACGGCGAAGAAGUAGAACUGUGUGAAAAUGGAGCUGAUGUAGCCGUUACGUAAGUAAAAGAUGCACUGUGGGGAUAUGCAUUCUGUGUAACCAAACAAAGUUCAGUGUAGACUGAAUACUUCAGUGAAUCAAUCGAUAAGAUAUUUCUUUGCCAUGAUAAAUGUUGGAGAACUAUAUCUUAAUUUUAAAACAUAACCGAGCAAGACAAAAGUUAAGAAUCUGUCACGUAUUUCUUACAAGAAGUGGACAUUAGAUAACGAAUAAUGGAUGAGUUUUUAAUAGAUUGAGCUAAAAAAAUGGUUUUUGUAGACUAUGAAGUUUAAUUACACAAUAAUUUUCUUUUUGUGGAUAAGAUAACCUUAAAAUCUGCACCCUCUCUUAUUCGCUGGCGUUGGCAAAAAAUUUUUCUUUCUCUCCUGUAGAUGGGAGAAUCACAAAUCAUACGUACAAGCAAUUAGGGAUUUACGACUGAAGGAGCUGCGAUGUGAGUCCCGUAUGGCGGCUGUUCGGUGUGGUUUGUCUUCAGUAGUCCCUCUGCAUGUACUUACAGUCAUGACUCCACUGGACAUGGAGAUUCGAACGUGUGGGCAACCCUCUCUUGACCUAGGAUUUCUCAAGGUUUGUCACUCUAUUUCAUCAUUUUGUAUGAUUAAUAAUCGCACUAAUACUUGAGUACAGUAACGAAGUGGAAUUCGAGGGUUUCGCUUGUGAUUUUCUUGUCUUUCACGAGCCUUUUUUUUUUGUGAGUAUUACGAUGUUUCUUGGCGCCUCAUGGGUCUAUAAACUUACUAACCUUUAUUAGAGAAAUUGGAAUUGUGCCUUUUGAUUGCCAGUCGUAAACCGAGGCAAAAUUAUCAACACAGCCUAUCAGAAAAAAGGUUAACAUUAUAAGGAACCACUCAGAACUUGAUUGAUGAAAAAAUGCAUGCAAUAGAUUAAGGCGCCGCCUACGUGGUUUUAAGGAACGAGAUCGUGAACUACCAAAUUUGUCUUUUUUCCCUUUUCUUUUUUGUUAGGCGCACACUUGCUAUGUAGCAGGAGUAAAAGAUACUGAUGUGCACAUUGAAUACUUUUGGAACACAAUGGAAAGUUUUUCUCAGGUUUGUGAUUCAACCCUCAAACUUUCAAGCUCUGAUUAGUAAAUCUCUGUUAGCUGCUUCACGUUUACUUGAAAGUUAGAGCCUGAGAAUUGGUAUUUACAUCAUCAUUUCUCCUUUGACCACGAGAUUACAUGUCAAAAUUGUGAAGAGAGGUUACUUGUUGAUGAAAUUUGGGAAUUAUAACACGAAAUAUGCUAUUAGUGCGUAUACUUUUUUAACGUGCAAGGGCGAAUAUCUUUUGACUGUGUUAUGUCUGCUUCGUGGUAAGCCCUGAGAAGGAGAAGUAGAGAGACGCUUGGAAGAAAUGAUUCUGGUCUUUUUGUGAGAAAAAUGUUUCAAAUGAAAGAAGCCAAACUCAAGUCCCUCUUUUUCCAACCUCGUUUAGCCAAGAAACAAAAAAGUCAAACAACUAUAAAAGCAGAACAGAAGGACAACCAUGAGAUGACAUUAAGAGUGUUGUCGCAAAGACAGCGGUCAUCUCAGAGCAGUUCAUAUAACUUUGUUCCCUUCCUCGCUUUCAGGAUCAGCUGCGAAAAUUUGUGAAGUUUGCAUGUAAUCAGGAAAGAUUACCAAGCCGAUGCACUUGUCAGGAUGGCAAUCCUAACACAGCUGAUGUACAUGUCCCACCAUACCCCAUGAAAAUUGGUCCCCCAGACGGGAGAGGUGAGGUGCAACUUUUGUAAAAGAUUUUGUCCUUGUGAUUGGAUAACAAAAUUAUUUUAUGGUGACUCGCGGAAUUUCCACCUUUUUUUUUUUCAUUGUCGAUAUUAAUUUAUUGUUAAGGAAUAACUGCCCCCGCAGGGUUUUGGCCCAGAGGCCAGCAUACAGUUAAUUGUAGUAGCAUAUAGUAACUUUUCUGACUACCAUCAGCUCUGAAAGAGAGGUGUGGAAUAUCAAACGGCAAUUUUAUCUGAGAUAAGGGAGGCAAUUAUAUAUAUUCCAAGUUAUAGAGCUUUUGAAGAGGACCUGGGCUGGUGAAAGACGUAUUGAUCCGAGUAUAUGAUCCGAGCUGAACUUGUUGUGGGGUGGGGAGAGGGGACUUUUCGAAGUAGGGGUACCUUACAGGGGAACAACUGUUAUAAUCGUAAGGUCUUUGUUUUUAAGUUUGUGCGACCAAGGCUACGGUUGGAGCGAGAUUUCUUCGUACAUCAAGCGUAGGGUAUAGCUAUUUUUUUGCUUUUUUGUUUUGGUGACAAAAACAAAAAAUUCCGGGUUAUAUCACAUUUCAGGUCCUUCAGACGCGCGGUACAUACGGGUUGAAACUUGUAUGUUUAUGGUGAAACUGCCGCAGUACUCGACCCAGGAAAUUAUGACUGAGAAGUUGUUAUAUGCUAUCAACUGUCGUGAAGACCCUCUGACGGAUAUCACCUAAUACUGUUUAAAGGCAAGUCUGAAACCAGGGAAAAAAAUCUCGUCAUCAACUCAUAGGAAGAAUUCAAUUACAAGUGAACCGGAAGCUACGUAUUCGGUUGUUUUUGCGCUAAGAACCACGAAAGACAUUUGAAAGAAAAGACAAUGACUACAUUCUGUUUCUUUUGUGGAUUAACUGCACCUUCUUGCCUUGGAUAUUAUGCCAUAAAGACAUGCCCAUGCAUCAGUUUGGAAAGAAUUUUCUACGAUUUGACUUACAGGUUGCAAAUAUUUUUUAAUUCAAGUUGUUUCCACGAUGAAUUGAAACGAAUUUGAAGCUCUCUUGGAUCAGAUAUUUAUGCUUGGCUUUUGAGCAAUCGAGAUUGUUAAUGUUUUUAACGUAACGAAAUUAAUCGUAACAAGCAUCUGUUUGCAUCUGCCUUUUACGGAUCUUUUACCCCAGGACAGUUGAUAUAUUAAGACUUAGUCCAUUCCCUGUAUAAUGAUUCCAUUAUGCAUGUGGGAAGAAGUAAAGAAUUAACUUUAAAACAAGUCUUUUCAAGGAAAAUAAUAAAAGACUGCGAAGAGUAAGGAGUAUUUUAAGAUCACAAGAUCACUGAGUUAAGGAGUUAAAAGAAUCAAGUGAACAUUGUUUUGAAUUGAUAAUUUCUAGAAGAAAAACAAAAUGGAU